AUGCCAUCACGAAUCUCUCCCUCGCCGAGACGCACCCUGUCUGCGACGACGAGACCAGGAGAAACAUGGAGAAUCGCGAAGACUGAUCGCCAUGCACCCCAAUGCUCAUUCUCCGAUCAGGAGAUAUUCGAGAUCAUUGCCGAUAUUCGAAGAACUCCCCUGACAAGCCGCCUAUCCGAGGUACCACUGAAGAAGCGCGCUUCACUACACCUAAACUUCUACGACGGCCGAGAAGAUCCCAAGCAGUGGAUCACAUCCUUCAUGACGGCCAUGAGAAGACAGAAAUAUCACAUCGCCGGAAGAACAAAGCGCGCACUUCUGCCAAGCCCUCGCCGAACACUUGCGCGGCGACGCCCUAACAUGGUUCAGCAACCUCCGUGCCGACUCCAUCGACAGCUUCGACGAUCUAGCAGCCGCUUUCCUAAAGCAACACCUCCGUUUCGCACUAGACGACCUCGUCUUUUGCAAAACCGAUGA